GCCACGCCAGCGCGGGAGGAGAAUGGAUAAAGAGGGAAGAAGCUUGGCUGUAGUCCCUCUACAUCUCCUUUGAAAAGAGAGAGAGAGAGAGAGAGAGAGAGAGAUGGCCCAGGCAGCUCACGUCUCAGCUUCUCUAUGCCUUUCGCUCGCAGGCGAUGUUAAUUCCACCAAAUCAAUCAUACACGCUCGAUCUCUCCCUCAAAUCCUUUCCUCCAAAGCCCCCCGAAUCGUCUCUUCUUCCUUCGCCCGUGGCUCUCCCCUCGUUGUUUGGAGAACUUCUAGUCAAAGGAAAUCCGAAUGUAAAGCAACAUCGUUUUCCGUAAGAUGUGAGCAGAGUACAAAGGAGAGCAAUAGUUUGGAUGUAUGGUUGGGUCGUCUUGCAAUGGUUGGAUUUGCAUCAGCUAUCACUGUCGAAAUAGCAACAGGCAAGGGACUUUUGGAGGUUUUGCAGAACUUUGGGCUUACAGCACCCUUGCCAACUGUGGCAUUGGCAGUUACAGCAUUGGUGGGAGUUCUGACUGCAGUUUUCAUAUUUCAAUCUGCAGCAAAAGAUUGAUCACUUUAGAACCACCUGAUGUUUUGGUCCUGAAAGAUGUUUCUAGUUGUUGUUCAUUACUUAAUUUAUUGUUGUUGAGGUGUAUGAAAUCAUACUGUGAAGGAUCGUCCCAAAGAUGUUGUCAUACAAUGCAUUGGGCUUGGGGAAAACAUUAAAUUUGAGAAUAGGCACACAUUACAUUA